AUGGUGCAAGAACACGCAAUAACCGACGUCGAGAACAACAUCAAGGACCUUCUUGAAUCCUAUCAAAAGGACCCUGAACACGAGCGAAUCCCUGGUAUCCGGGAGCGGGAGCUUAAGGAAUGGGAUCUUGACGCAGAGAUCGAGGACCUCGUCAGCAAGAGCGAAGUAGAGCUUUGGCGCGAACUCGGCAUUCCGAACGGGGCGAUGCCACAAAUGGCGAGGUGGCGGGAUCCGUUGCUCGAGUUCACAACCUGGGGCGACGGUGAGAAGUACUGCGCCCCCGAGCGGCGCAUACAAGCUAGCCUUAAGUGGCACCAAAUCGUGGGCGUCCGGAAGAUGGCCGAGUCAAUGUUCGACAAUCGCAAGAGCGGCUUUCUCAACCUCGAUGAGGUGGGCCUCGGCAAGACGCUACAAGUCAUCAGCCUUCUCGCAUACCGCAUCAAUGUGCUUGCAGCGAAGGAAAUGACCGGAAAGUAUCUCGGCGUUUUUGAGAAUAGCGACGCACAGCUUAUCGAUGGGUAUACGUUGAUUGUUGUUCCGACCACUCUGCUACCACAGUGGGUCGAUGAAAUGCAGCGCUGGAUCCAAUAUGGUAGCAUCGAGCUCACGAGCUACACCGGUCAAUACUCACGCGAGCAGCGCAAGCAGUGGUGGGAGACUUUCCACGAGGUCAGCAAGGUGAAGCCCCGAGCGAAGGUGAUCAUCGCCACGCGAUCUGUAAGUUCAUUGCAUUUCUGCCUGCUACCUGACCAUGCGGAUGCUUACACGUCACCUACAGGCAUUUUUUGCCGAUGCUGCGCAGGUGGUAAAUACAUCGAGACUGUUGAAACCUCCCGUAGAUGCCUACCCCACGCUUUUCCACUCGAACAACCGUCCGGGAAUGCUCGUCCUCGAUGA